CUGGCCCGGCCUGUUCCGACCCCGCCGCCGCCAUCAGCGCCAUGGCGGGGCUCUGCGCGCUCGCGGCCCUGAUCUGCCUCCUCCUGCUGCCGCCGUCCGCUGCCCCCGAGGAGGAGGACGGGGUCCUCGUGCUGCGCGCGGACAGCUUCGAGCAGGCGCUGGCGGAGCACCGGUACCUGCUCGUCGAGUUCUACGCGCCGUGGUGCGGGCACUGCAAAGCGCUGGCGCCCGAGUACGCGAAGGCGGCGGCGAAGCUGAAGGCGGAGGGCUCGGAGAUCCGGCUGGCCAAGGUGGACGCCACGGAGGAGGCGGAGCUGGCGCAGCAGUUCGGCGUGCGCGGGUACCCCACCAUCAAGUUCUUCAGGAACGGCGACAAGGCCGCUCCCAAGGAGUACACGGCUGGCCGGGAGGCCGAGGACAUCGUCAGUUGGCUGAAGAAACGCACGGGCCCGGCUGCGGCCGCACUGAGCGACGCCGCUGCAGCUGAGGCGCUGGUGGAGUCCAGUGACGUGGUUGUGAUUGGCUUCUUCAAGGAUUCGGCAUCAGAGGCUGCAAAGGAGUUCCUGCUGGCAGCUGAGGCUGUGGAUGACAUUCCUUUUGGGAUUUCCUCCAGUGCUGAUGUCUUCACUAAGUAUGAGCUUAGCAAGGAUGGCGUGGUCCUCUUCAAGAAGUUUGAUGAAGGCCGCAACAGCUUUGAAGGGGAUCUCACAAAAGACAAUUUACUGAACUUCAUCAAGUCCAAUUCGUUGCCUCUGGUCAUAGAGUUCACUGAACAGACUGCUCCUAAAAUCUUUGGAGGGGAGAUCAAGACUCACAUCCUGCUGUUCCUGCCAAAAAGCGUGUCUGACUAUCAAGAGAAGCUCGACAACUUCAAGAGUGCAGCUGGGAACUUCAAAGGGAAGAUCCUCUUCAUCUUCAUAGACAGUGACCACAGCGACAACCAGAGGAUUUUGGAGUUCUUUGGCCUGAAGAAGGAAGAGUGUCCAGCUGUGCGCCUGAUCACCCUGGAGGAGGAGAUGACCAAAUACAAGCCGGACUCAGAUGACCUCACAGCUGACAAGAUCAGAGAGUUCUGCAAUAAGUUCCUGGAGGGCAAAAUCAAGCCCCACCUGAUGAGUCAGGAUCUUCCUGAUGACUGGGACAAGCAGCCUGUCAAAGUUCUAGUUGGGAAGAACUUUGAAGAAGUUGCUUUUGAUGAGAAUAAGAAUGUCUUUGUGGAGUUCUAUGCCCCCUGGUGUGGUCACUGUAAGCAGCUGGCUCCGAUCUGGGACAAGCUGGGAGAGACCUACAGGGAUCAUGAGAACGUUGUCAUUGCCAAGAUGGAUUCAACAGCCAAUGAAGUGGAGGCAGUGAAAAUCCACAGCUUCCCCACACUCAAGUUCUUCCCUGCAGGCUCUGGCAGAAAUGUAAUUGACUACAAUGGGGAGAGGACGCUGGAAGGCUUCAAGAAAUUCUUGGAGAGUGGAGGUCAGGACGGGGCAGCAGCUGAUGAUGAUCUGGAGGACCUGGAGACAGAUGAAGAAACAGACCUUGAAGAAGGUGAUGAUGAAGAGCAGAAAAUGCAGAAGGAUGAAUUGUAAACAGAAGACUGAUCGACAUCACCCAAAAUAUCAGACACUAAAUUGGCUGCUGUUAUGCAGCCCAGCGAGUCAGAACCAUUGAGAUUUAAAGCAGAAGGUGAAUGACUGAAAAUCCAGGGGUUGGCUUUUAAAGUAACACUUUCCCCUCA